AUGCAGGAGGACAUAGGACAGGUCCAUGCUAACACUCUGGACCUGCUGGCCCAAAGGGAGGAGGAGGUGAAGAAGCUCAGAGAAGAGCUGAAGAAGAAAGAUGACCUCCUCAUCAAAGUGGCAAAGAAGGAGCAGGACGGAGUGAGGGACCAUGAGACAGAACUGGACCUGCUGGCCCAAAAAGUGGCCAAGGUAAAUAAACUUCAAGAGCAGCUGAAAGGCAAGGGAAACCUCCUUGAAACAGCUAAUAAAAAGGAAAUUGAUAUUUCCCAGGUCUAUGAAGAUCAGCUGGCCCAGAAAAACUCAAAGAUCAUCAGGCUUCAAGAGGAGCUCAAGUUUAUGACCGAGCUCCAACACAGGGUCAUCAAACAACGACGAAUGAGAACCAAAGCCCACAUAGAGACCUUGGACCUGCUGAACCAGAAGGAUCUGGAACUAAAAAGAACAGAGGACCACUGGAGGAGCAAGUAUGAGGAUCUGCAGAAACGUCUUUGUAACAAGACCAACGAUCUGCAGGUACUUCAGAGUUCAGAUAUAUGA